AUGCGGACGAUUACAGAUAAUUUCAGAGAUGCGGAUUUGGAAUGCGGACGAUCAUAUAAUCCCAGAUACAGAAACACGAUGCGGAUUUGGAAUGCGGAUAUAUUUGCGGAACUAGAUGCCCACAUGGAUGAGGACUUGAAAUGCGGACUUCAAAUCGGGAAAUCCAGCCGUCUCUGGCGCAAUAUGAUUUCUAAGUCCUGCACAAAUCUUCCAUUUUCAGAAUUACUAAAGGAAUGGGAUACAAUUGAGGACAAUAAUAAUAAUAAUAAUAAUCCCGAUCUCGAUCAUGACGCAACGGAGGAGAUUUUGCGAAGACAUCCUAUGCCCUCAUUGAUGAGAGCCAAAAGCAUUUGUAAAGCUUGGAAUACGGCAAUAUCGGCCACCAAUUUCAAUGUGAAUAACGAGGGAGACAAUUUUUUGACCCAGCAGACCUACCAAGGAAUCGCCUUCUUCUGUGUACCUCUCAACAUGUGGUUUCAAAUCCCUUUGCCGUGGAAUAAAAUUACAUGGAACCACCAGAAUGGCUGCGCGUUUCAUCUGUGUGCUGCAGCGGCAGGGCUUUUUCUCUUAAAUCAUUUGUCUGGUGAGUCUGUCAUAUAUAACGUUCUAACUAAAAAGCGCAGAUUCUUGCCUCCUGAUCCGGUAUGGACGCACCGAUGUGCCGUGGAACUGAUGGUCCAUACAGAUCACUUUGAAAUUUUUACUUUGAAUAUCUACGAUAUAGCUCUGCUCUAUGAUUCAAGUACAGAUCAGUGGAAGGAUAUCAGGACCGAUUUUAUCAUCGAUGAGAUACACGAGCAUCAUUGGACUUGCACACUACACAAGGGCAUAGCCUACUUUACAUGUAACUUUGGUCGUCAUUUGGUUUGCUAUGACUUUGGCAGCAGAGAGUUUCAGUUGAAGGAGAUCGAAGGAGGGUUGCCUCCAAAAAUUGAUAGUGAUGACUUUCAUAACAAUUCCUACACCUCUCUGCCUUGCUUAGUGUCGUGCAAAGGGAAACUGCUUUUGGUGGGGAGGUUAGCGAAGGAGGCCGGGGAUGGAGGGUCCAUAUGGGGUGGUAUCCCUUUCAUCAAGCACUGUUCGGUGGGGAUAUGGGUGUUGGAGAAUAAUGAGAGAUAA